AUUUUAUUAUUGGCCUCCUUUUUCGAGACGUCAAACAUAUUCUGAAAAAUGUUUCUCCGUUUGAAAAAAAUCAUUCCUUAUCUGUAACAAAUAUGCCAAAAAUUUCGUCUCAGGACAAAGUACUCAUCAAAUACACCCCGUUUUCCAAAUAUGGCCACGAUUGUACCUUGGAAGAGGUGCCGGAAGAAUUCGAAUAUGGUAACAUACCGUCCAAAGGUUGCAUUAAUAAAUGUAUGCGUUGGAUUAUACGGAUGUGCACCGUGUCCGAAUCGAGCAAGAUGUACACGCACCACUUGCGGAGUUAUGGGGCCAUUUGCAAGGAACGUCAACGACAAGCUAUUUCUUACGGAUUUCGUAUUCAUCCUUUUAGCAGAGCAUAUCUAAUCUGGUCGUUUAUACUGAUGUUUGCUAUAUUGGCCCUGAUAUUCUGCACGUCAUUGGAUUUUUUAUUUUACAACACCAAAAAUGCCUUCGUUUUUUCAAUCUAUUGGAGAAUCCUGGAAUCUCUAUUGACGGUUAUAUUCAUAAUCAACGUAAUGCUGAGCUUUUUCACUGGCUAUUACGAUGAACCAAAACAGGAAGUCAUAUUGGAGUUUAAGCUGGUUGUCUUGCAAUACCUCAAAACCAGCUUUUUCACGGAUCUUUUAGCCUGCGUACCGGCCAAUAUUGGGGCUUCUUCAAAGGCUGGGAUAAUCAUUUUAAAAGUUCUCCACUGCUUCAAAUACCUGAUGAUCAUCAGAUUUCACAAGCAUUUCAAAUAUUGCGCUGAAAUUUUAGAUGUCAAUUAUUACACCUACAUGAUCACUCUGGUUAUUGUCAACACUCUACUAUACUGGCACGUUCUUUGUUGCAUGCUGAAAUUUUCCAGGGAACGCUUGGGAAGCUUUUCGAAUAAGAUUUUUUUGAGGUCGAGGACUAUGUUUCAUAUUGCUGAGAGAGAAGCAAGCACUGACUAUCCAGUAUUAAGCACGCUUCUCGGAGCUUUCUACAGAGGCUCGUUGGUCGUUUACAAUUCGAGCUACGGCAAAGUGUUGCCAGCUACUGAAGCUGAAAUUUUAUUGGUUUGGUUCGGCUGGUAUUUGUCCAGCCUGUUUUUUAUUUAUAUUUUAGCAAUGAUUAUGGAAAUAAUGAAAGGCAAAACGUCAGCUUCGCACAAGUACGUCGAAAUGGAGCGUCAGCUCAAGGAUUACAUGCGCCACAAACAACUGCCGAUGCAAAUGCGCACCAGAAUUCUAAUUUAUUACGAGUUCAGGUUCCAGAAGAGCUAUUUUCGCGAAAACGAGAUUUUGGAUACUAUUUCUGAACAACUUCGACAGGAAAUAAACAUGCACGCCUGCCGAAAACUUGUUGAAAACGUUAUUUUCUUCAGAAACCUACCAAUCAAUCUGCUUGUGCGCAUCAUAUCUUGUUUAAGAAUCGAAGUCUACCUGGUAAAUGACAUUAUUAUCAAAGCAAACACCCCUGGUACAAGCAUGUACUUCAUUUCCACUGGCACCGUCGCUAUUUAUACAAAAUCAGGAAAAGAGAUUUGCCAUUUGGAAGACGGUUCUCAUUUCGGCGAGAUAGCAUUGAUAAUAAAAGACACCCUAAGGACCGCCUCAGUUAUUGCAGUGGAAGUAUCGGAGAUUUACAGACUUGACCAAAAGGACUUCGUCAAAGCCAUAAAUCCUUAUCCGGAUCUCUUGGCUAAUAUCCAGCAUAUUGCUGCCGAAAGGAUGGAAGUUGCUAUUAUGCUCGAUGACUAUAACAAAAAGGAGCAUUCAGCCAAACGUUAACUUUUAUUUAUUAAGAAAGUUUAGGCUUGCAAUGACAAAUUGAGUCAAUGUUCUUGGGUUAUUUAGCUUAGGGUAGUUUUAUUAUUAAGCAUUGUCUUGUGGACGGCUAGUUUAUAGAAUUAAUGUAGUUGAUACAUAUAAGAUCUAUAUUGUUAAUUCAAAGUUUCGC